AAAGUACUUAAUGUGUCAUUUGUAUGAUUGUUAUAACUGUAAUGCAGAGCUUUUUUUGUACUUGUGUUGUGGAACAUUGUACUGGCCCCGCAAAGCACUUAUAACUUUCAGGAAAUGUUUUUCUUGUGAUCUGCAAAUCAAAACACGGAUAACUGUCGUGCUCUCUUGUUCUUCCUUUCGCUCUCAGUUACACAUGAGAGAGUGUAAACACAGCCCCUUUUCCUGGAGGAGGAGUUUUCUCCUCUCCUUUUCUUUCAGUGUUUGUGUCUGGUCUUAGGCAGACCCAGUUAUGCUGAAGGAAGGCUGGCUGUGGGGGCUGGGUUCAGGGUUGCUGCUGCUCUGGCUGGGUGCCUGGCUGAGGCCUGCACAGGGUGGCCGGGUGCUGGUCAUGCCUGUUGAAGGCAGCCAUUGGCUCAGCAUGAAGGUGUUGGCGACAGGACUAGCCCAGAGAGGCCAUAACAUCCUGGUCCUGGUGCCUGAGAACAACAUCUUGAUCCAGAGUUCAGAGCUCUUCCGCACCAAGACUUUCCCGGUGAAGAUCUCCAAGGAGCAGCUGUCCACCAGCUUGAAAGGUUUUCAGGACGGGGUGUUCCAGCGUAGUCCUGCGCUGAUGGACAUUGUCAUCCAAUUGGGGCGUCUGCUGAACUUCACAGGAACGCAGGUGGAAGGAUGCGAGUCGCUACUUUACAACGAACCUUUGAUGAAUAAGCUAAAAGAGGAGAACUUUGACUUGGUGCUUACCGACCCUUUUCUGCCUUGUGGACCUAUUAUCGCUACCGCACUUGGUCUCCCCGCAGUCUACUUCCUUCGUGGCAUGCCUUGUGGCAUUGACAUGUUGGCUUCACAGUGUCCUUCUCCACCAUCGUAUGUACCCAGGUUUCAGUCUGGCAGCACUGACAAAAUGACCUUUGUAGAGCGCAUUCAAAAUUUCGUCAUGAGUGGAGUAGAGCUGGUGCUGUGUCGAAUAAUGUAUGCCAGUUUUGAUGAACUUGCUUCAAGAUACCUGGAUGCGGAUGUGACGUAUCAGGAGAUUAUUGGUCGUGGAGCUAUUUGGUUGCUUAGAUAUGACUUUACAUUUGAGUACCCCAGACCUCUCAUGCCAAAUAUGUUCCUCAUCGGGGGCAUCAACUGUCGGGAGAGUGCCGAACUUUCUGCAGAGGUGGAGGAAUUUGUGAAGGGCUCUGGAGAGCAUGGUAUUGUGGUGUUCAGUCUGGGUUCUCUGGUGUCCUCCAUGCCUAAAGAGAAAGCUGCCAUCUUCUUCAAGGCUUUCAGUGUGAUCCCACAGAGGGUUCUCUGGCGGUACACAGGAGAGAUGCCUGAUAAUGUCCCAGAAAAUGUCAAACUGAUGAAGUGGCUUCCACAGAAUGACUUGCUUGGUCACCCCAAAGCAAAAGCCUUUAUCACUCAUGGUGGGACGCAUGGUAUCUAUGAGGGCAUUUGUCAUGGUGUGCCCAUGGUGAUGCUUCCCCUCUUUGGUGACCAGGGUGACAAUGUGCACCGUGUGGCGACUCGAGGGGUCGGAGUGGUGCUCAGCAUCCAUGAUAUAACUGCAGAAACACUGGGCGAUGCUCUCAACACAGUUAUUAAUGACAGCAGCUACAAGCAAAGAAUGGAGAAGCUGUCAGCCAUACACAAUGACCGUCCUAUACAGCCCCUGGAUCUUGCGGUCUACUGGACAGAGUUUGUUAUGAGGCACAAAGGGGCAGACCACCUUCGACCUGCGGCUCAUGACCUGAACUGGCUUCAAUACCACAGUCUAGAUGUGAUUGGCUUCCUGCUUUUUAUUGUGCUGAUUGUAACUCUAGCAACAUUUAAAUGCUGCUCACUUUGCUGGAGACGCUGUUGUAGAAAAUCGCAGAAGAGGAAGGAAGACUGAUCAUGCCGAGAUUUUAAAAGUGCCAUUGCUUAUAAAAGCGUACAUUUUUCCACAUCGAGCCAGUAAAAAUAGCAGUUUUGUAAAGGCGGAGCACACCUCAAGGUUUUGAAGGAGUUUCACCUGUAAAGAUUUUAAGAUGUUAGUUUGACAUGCUUUUGUUUUGAUAUCACUGAGCGUUAUUCACCAGAAACUGUAGCCACCAGUAUUUGUUUUAAACCAUUCAACCCAACAAACUGCAGGUUCUGGCUCUUAAUCAACAGAAACUCUGGAUAAUGGAAUUUGAUUAACCUUAAUUAGGUAAGAUGCUGAGUUUAAUGUGACACAAAUGAAAGGCUGUGAAACUAAAAAUAAACUAGUCUAAUUUUAA